GCAAAAAACAAAAUAUCUCUCCAUUCUCUCUCCCCCUCUUCACUCUCUACGGAAGCUAGUGCGCCCGGACGGAGAGGAAGAGUUGCAGCUGCAGAGCUUCUGGACUCUCUGAAAAUGGCGGAUCAAGCUCCGAAUUCCUCUUCCUCCGCCGCUCUGGAAUUCGGAAUCGAAGGAGAUGAAGAGUUCAUACACGGGGCUGCUUCGGGCUGGGUCGAGGCCCGGACGUCAUGCGAUCACUUGGGUUCUCUGUCUACUGAUCUUCUUCACAUUCCUACCCCUGACACUCCCUGCAACAGGUGCGACCACCCGAGCGAGAACUGGCUGUGCCUGUGCUGCAAGGGAGUUCUCUGCAGCCGGUUCGUGAACAAGCACAUGCUCCAGCAUUAUCAGCAGAGCAACCACUCUUUGGCACUUAGCUUCAGUGAUCUAUCGGUAUGGUGUUUCGCCUGUGAUGCAUAUCUAGACGCUCAAGUGAUUUCGCAGCUCCGUCCUGUCCAUGAAACUGCAUAUAUACUAAAGUUCAGUGAGCCCCCACCUUUUAGGACCAUGGAAAUGCAGACUAUUGGGGAAAAUCCAUAAGAUGGUUCACCAUCAGGCAGUUAGCUCUUAUCUGGCAAUUUACGUGGACCUUGGAUAGGAAUAUGAUCUUGAUUUCUCUAUUUUGUAAAGACCGCGUCAAUAUGUCCGCGCAAAUCUAAAGAUCAUAUGCAUAUCUUUGAGCAAGUAUUCUCCCAUCUGAUCGUCAAACUUUAUGGCUGCUACUCAUUCUAUCCAUGGUUUAAAGGCUGAUGAUUUCUUGUGUA